AUGCUGCUGAGGGCCAGCCCCAGGAGGCUUCUGGAGCAGCACCUUCUCUUGGUGGAGAGCACAGAGCAGCAGCAGCCAGCUCGGGAACCGCUCCCAAAUCCAUUCAUGACUGAGGAACCUCCCGCCCCAGCCGAGCCCGAGCUGCCGCCCUCCAACCUCACCAACGCCACGGACUGCGGCGAGGAGAUCCUGCUCUAUGGGGACACCGAGAAGGUCGUCAUCGGGGCCGUGCUCUCCAUCAUCAUCCUCACCACCAUCGCCGGCAACGGGCUGGUCAUCAUCUCCGUGUGCAUCGUCAAGAAGCUCCGGCAGCCCUCCAACUACCUGGUGGUGUCCCUGGCCGCCGCUGACCUGUCGGUGGCCUUCGCUGUCAUGCCCUUCGUCACCAUCACGGACCUGGUGGGGGGCGAGUGGCUCUUUGGGAAGGUGUUUUGCAACGUGUUCAUCGCCAUGGAUGUGAUGUGCUGCACUGCCUCCAUCAUGACCUUGUGCAUCAUCAGCGUGGACAGGUACCUGGGCAUCACGCGGCCGCUGACCUACCCCGUAAGGCAGAACGGGAAGCUGAUGGCCAAGAUGGUCUUCAUCGUGUGGCUCCUGUCGGCCUCCAUCACCCUCCCUCCGCUCUUUGGCUGGGCCCAGAACGUGACGGUGGAGCGGGUGUGCCUCAUCAGCCAGGACUUCGGCUACACCGUCUACUCCACGGGCGUGGCCUUCUACAUCCCCAUGGCCGUCAUGCUAGUGAUGUACAGCCGCAUCUACAAGGCGGCCAAGGUCAGUGCCGAGAAGCACCGCUUCAUGAACUUCCCCAAGCACUACGAGGAGGAGGGCGUCUACUGCCUCGAGGCUUCCUCCAGCCGCGUCCACCACAGCUCCCGGCGCACCAAGGCCGUGGAGGAAUGCGCCACGCUCUCCAAGCUGCUCCGGCAAGACCGCAAGAACAUUUCCAUCUUCAAACGGGAGCAGAAAGCCGCCAGGACCCUCGGUAUCAUCGUGGGGGCCUUCACGUUUUGCUGGCUACCCUUCUUCCUGAUGUCCACGGCGCGGCCGUUCAUCUGCGGCAUCCGCUGCAGCUGCAUGCCCCUGAGGCUGGAGAGGACUCUGCUCUGGCUGGGCUACACCAACUCCCUCAUCAACCCCCUCAUCUACGCCUUCUUCAACCGGGAUUUGAGGACUACUUUCUGGAACCUGCUGCGCUGCAGGUACAGGAACAUCAACCGGAGGCUCUCGGCCGCCAGCAUGCACGAGGCGCUGAAAGCCACGGAGAGGCAUGAGUGCAUCCUGUAGUGCCUGAGCCGCUGGCUUCUGCCUCUCCAUGCUGGGUUCCUCGCUUCCCUGGACUCCCAGGGGCUGGCAGGAACCUUCCAGACGUUGUCACUGAGAGUGACAGUCCUUCCUCUCACCCUGUGAGGAGCCGCAGUUUUCCUCACCCUGGGAACAAGUGGAGGGAACUUUGGGAACGGCUCUUCCUUCUCACUCUGCUCCAGGUGGGAGUAAGACCUGGGAGGGUUCAAGGUCUACCAACGACUGUGGGCAAGUCACACCACCUUUCUGUGCCUCAGUUUACCCAUCUGUUAUUAAAGUUUAAAAAAAAAGGAAAGAAAAGAAAAGAAACUGGCCCAGCCAACCAACCAAACAAAAACAAAAAAACCCUAAAAACUUGAUAAAACUGUGGCUCUCCACCUUCAAAAAGGGCUCUAAGGUCUGUGGAGGGCAUACAAAAUCCUGUGUAAAGACAACAUUGGCUGCACUUCUCUGUGGAACCUGACAGCAGCUCCAUUGUACAUCCAAGCCUCCAUGCCAUCCCAGCUUAUCCGAACCCUUUUCCCCGAUGUAAUUGCAUUUCACACUCUGAGCUCAUGUCCAGGUUUGCACGUCAGAGCAGAAAUACCAACGACUUCGUUUCCCCCCAACACUGUAGCACUGCAGCACUUGAAGGAGACGAAUUUGCAGGAUGAAACACAAACCAACACGGAGUUUCCUUUAUGGUUGGAUAGGGAAGUUUGACGCCUCCUCCUCAUCAGGGCAAUGAUCAGAGAGCAAAGCCAGUUGUGUUUAUUGGGUUGUACUGUAAUUCAUUCCCAGACAAGUGACGUGUGUUCAUCAUUUGUGGCUAAUUGACUCCAUAAAAGCACGCUUUGGUUGACAACAGAAAAAAGCAUAUAAUUUCCCUGACAGCUUUACGGUGUUUCAGUAUGAUGUCCAGCAAGCUUGAAAAAAUACACUGAAUGAUGUUAUCUUUUUCAUAAAAAAAAAAAAAAAAAGAAACAGAAAAAAGGUUUGGUUUCCUUAUUUUGGUGUAGAAUCUUUGAUCUCUCUGACUUGAAAGUGUCUCUUCACUUUUUUGUGGUGGUGGGACUUGUUUUCCUGCAGUUGUCUUUUCUCAUGAUCAGCAUUGUAGCAUCAAACUUGCAGCCCCACAAACCUUUACCUGUUUGAUCAUAGAAUCAUAAAAUCCUAGCAUGGUUUGGGUUGGAAGGAACCUUAAAAAAACAUCUUAAAAAGCAUGGGCAGGAACACCCUCCACUAUCCCAGGCUGCUCCAAGCCCCAUCCAGCCAGGCCUUGGACACUUCCAGGG